GAGAGAGAGAGAGAGAGAGAGAGAGACGCAUACAAGCACGCAUACCAAGUAUCCGUUUACAAGGCACUCGGUUGCAUCUCGCGCUCAGUAUCGGGCCCAGUGGAGCUGUUCAGCGUUUAUCGGUAGUGUCACCGAACAGUCCCCACGCUCACGGAACCGCUGACCCAUGUGAUACUGCAGCGUUGCGAGCGCGGAAGGGAGGGGGCGAGAGACACAUCCCCAACCACCCCCACCCCCCCCGCAUCUCCACUCGAUAGACUGGAGAGAAGCAGGUGCACACUUGGGAGAGAGAGAGAGCGAGAGAGAGAGAGAGAGAGCGCGCUGGAGGGGGGGCGGGUAACGUUAGAGUCGCGCGCGUGGAUCUCUCCGUCGCAGUCCUCCGCGAGGAUGUAUCCAACAGCAAGACUCCUGCCGCGCGCGCGCUGCCGUCAAUGUAACGGAAUCACAUGUGCCCCUGUGAACUAACGGCGGUUCUGAUCUGUUUCUCUGGGUUCGGAUGGUCCGCGCGCUCCAUACACAAUUCAACCGGGAAAUCAACGCACACCAGCCAUGGCGCUGGUCAUGGAACCCAUCAGCAAAUGGUCCCCAAAGCAGGUGCUGGACUGGAUGAAAGGGUUGGAUGACUGUUUGCUGCAGUAUAUGAGGGCAUUUGAGAAAGAGAAGAUAAACGGAGAGCAGCUGCUUCACAUCACCCAUCAGGAGCUGGAAGAGCUCACCGUGACCCGCAUCGGACACCAGGAGCUCAUUCUGGAGGCUGUGGACUUACUCUGCGCACUGAACUAUGGUCUAGAGACAGAGAAUUUGCGGACUUUGUCACACAAACUCAAUGCAUCCGCUAAGAAUCUGCAGAACUUCAUCACGGGGCGGCGCCGUGGGGGCCAUUAUGACGGACGAGUCUCGCGGCGUCUACCAAACGAUUUCCUGACUUCAGUCGUUGACCUAAUCGGAGCUGCUAAAAAUCUACUGGCAUGGCUGGACAGGUCUCCAUUUGUCAGUGUUUCUGAAUACUCAGUGCUGAAGAACAACAUUGUUCAGCUCUGUCUAGAGCUAACCACUAUAGUACAACAGGAUUGCACAGUGUAUGAAACUGAAAAUAAGAUUCUGCAUGUGUGUAAGACUCUAUCAGAUAUCUGUGAGCACAUUAUUUCAUUGUCGUCCGAUUCGUUGGUGUCACAGUCUGCUCACCUCGAGGUUGUCCAUCUGACUAACGUUAUGCCUAGCGAGGGCCUGGGCAUGUACAUCAAGUCCACAUAUGAUGGUCUUCAUGUUAUCACUGGAACUACUGAAAAUUCUCCCGCAGAUCAGUGUAAGAAGAUCCAUGCCGGUGAUGAGGUCAUUCAGGUCAAUCACCAAACAGUGGUUGGCUGGCAGUUGAAGAAUUUGGUCAACUGUCUACGUGAGGAUCCAAGUGGAGUCAUCCUCACGCUGAAGAAGAGGCCACAGAACACUCUGGGCUCCACCCCUGCACUUCUGAAGAACGCCCGCUGGAAACCACUUGCCCUGCAGCCGCUGUCCACCAGUCCGUGCAGUGGUUCUCCUACACCACCCAGCACGCUUGGGUCAGUUGGACUUUCACCUGGAGUGGACACACCUGGGGGACAUGAUGUUUUUAUUCUUUCCCCUGUCUACGGACACAGAGAGGAGGAUCUAGAUCGGGGUGGGUUUGGUGUGUUUGGCUCUGAUUCUCCAGGGUAUUAUGUAGAACAGGAGGUACUGGGUGGCCAGUACUUCCCCCUCCUGGAAGACGAUUCUGGGAGAAAUACCGGACUGCGACGCAGAGACCGGACCCCAACUCACAGUGAACUCCGACAGGUUACCAUGGGAACUGAAUGGCUCGCAGAGCCUCAAGAAUCUGGAGUUUACAAAAGAGGAAGCAGAGAUUCUGAUUCCUCCCUCUUGCGGUUCCUCAGUGAUGACAGGAUUGUCUUGAUUCAGGAAGAGGCCGACUUUUCCCAACGGGACACAAGCAGGAGAUCCAGGAAGAAGAGCCGGAAUCCCAGCAGUCCCAGUUUCCCCAUCAGUCCCUCUAUGCUUGCCCCACCUGUGCGUCUGGACACAGGCCCCCCUGAGGGGCUGCCCUUCCCCGUGCCCGACUCAAACACGAUGCCACACUACCAUAGAACUGCAGACACACUUCGAGCAGAUGCUGAUAGAUAUGCCAGUUCAGGACUUGACCGACAAGCAGGGGCAUCAAUGAGGAAGUCUGUACAUUAUGCCUCUCUGAGGACCAAGCCCAAGAAGAAAAGCAAAGGUUCCCUCAGUAGUGCCAGCAGAAGGCGUAUUGCCUGCAAAGAUCUGGGUCAUGGGGACUGUGAAGGCUGGCUAUGGAAAAAGAAAGACGCCACCGGCUACUUCACGCAAAAAUGGAAGAAGUAUUGGUUCGUUCUCAAAGACUCCAACCUAUACUGGUACACCAACCAGAAUGAUGAGAAAGCAGAGGGCUUCAUCUGUUUACCAGAGUUUCGGAUAGACAGAGCGAUUGAGUGCAGGAGGAAACAUGCCUUUAAAGCAUGUCAUCCCAAAAUUAAGAGUUUCUUUUUUGCUACUGAUCAUUUAGAGGAGAUGAACAGAUGGAUGAAUCGUUUAGGCUUGGCUGCGAUUGGCUACACGCCUGAUGAUCCAGUACCACGUCCUGAUGAAGAUUACUGGAGUGAGAGUGACCAAGAUGAGAUUGAUGGGUCUAUGACACUCAAACAGGAAUCCACGUACCACCACAACCCAUCUGGAACUUCAUCCAGUCCAUUUCCCGAGCGUCAUUUUUCCAGCGGCUCCACAUUCUCGCAUUCCUCUGCCGAAGAGUCCCAUUCUUCUUGCCGAUCCUCCCAUCGAGAACGCCGCUCAUGGCAAGACCUGAUUGAAACCCCGUUGACCAGCACGGGUCUACACUACCUGCAGACUGCAGAAGAGGAGGCGCCAUCCCUGCUGUCACCUGACCAGCACCGGCAGGCUACGCUUCCCGCCCAGCGCCGGCGUCCUCUGGAACGCGAUGGGCCAUUUCCAUUGACGGACAGCGAGGAGUCCCGUCCCCGCCAUCACACUCACAAGCAGCGCAGCCAGAGCCUCCCACGCCACCGCGACACACACGGAGGACACUCGCACCGCAGCGCACGUACACACACUCACACACACACGCACGGCACUCUGAGGCCAAGAACUCAUCUCCAUGAGGAAGAGGAGGAGGAAGAGGAGGAGAAGCAGAUGAGGAAAGCCAGCAGCAGGAGGCCUGAGAGCGAAGAGCAAGCGUCUGACGGCACGGACGGCCUGCAGGAGUUGUACCGAUCGCUGGAACAGGCCAGUCUCUCGGCUUUCGGCCAGCAGAGGCCUUCCACCAAACAAGAGUUCAGACGCUCCUUCAUCAAACGCUGCAAUGACCCCGCCACAAACGAUCGACUGCACCGCAUACGGGUUCUCCGCUCCACGCUGAAGGCAAAGGAGGGCGACUUGGCGAUAAUCAGUCAGGUACUAGAAGAUCCUUGUUUGACCUCGAGGAAGUUUCGUGAAUGGAAGCAACGUAACCACGAGCUCUUCCUGGAUAUCUGUGAGUUCAGCUCUGCUCCAUUGGAACCGCCCAGCGAUUCCAACGACCUUUCACCUCUCUCGCCAACGCUGAUGAUGCACACUCACUCUUUCAUCGAAACGCACGUGUGAAAGUCACUGUCACGCACCCGCACGACACAAACAAACAGUCACACGCUGAAAAUACAGACAUAAAGGUAUAUGAAUAACCUUGAGUUGUGUGUUUCAAACCCACACACACACAGACACACACUUUGAAAAACACUGUGGAUCCAGACUGUCUUCACUUUUUCCUUGACGGAUGACCUGAUACUGCCCUCCUCCCGAGCGUGAGUGACACCAGAUUGAACCAAUACACUGUAAGAUCAAUGUCAAAGAAGUGACCCAGCCUCCAGAACUACUGCAGACACACACGCAGGCACUGUCGUCAAAAGCAAAGUGUUACCUGCACAUCUACGGCUCAUUGCAAACUCUGUACAAUAUAUUUCAUCACGGCCACAGUUUCAGACGGAUGGAGGAAAGGCCCUGUGAGGUGCCCGCUGCAUGCCUGAAGAAUCAUCUUUUCAGAUUAAUUGACCACCAGUUGAACAAAAUAGGGCCGUAUAUAAAAACUAAUCUCUUAUUUUUGUCUCUGAUUGGAGUAGAUAAAAAAGAUCUUUUUUUAUAUCUUCUGAAGAUUUUUGUUCAUUUGUUUAUUUGAUUUUUUUUCCUUCCCUCGGAAUGCUGCAGGAAGAGCACUCAUGUAGCCAUGGGCAACAGGCUUCACUCUGUUACCAAGCAACACCGCCCUACUGUGUUACUCUAUACAACUCCUGAAGCAAGCAAGAGUGUUGAAAAGUGUGUGUGUGUGUGUGCGUAUGUGUGCGUGUAUUAGAGAAAUGAGAGAAAGAAAGCGAGUCAGAUGGAUGCAGAAGAGUCUCUUUUUGAGAGUUUGAUGACCAUUGCGUUCGUAUAUGGUAAGAGAUGAACUCCUGGCAGGUAGUAACGUGUUUAAUUUGGCUUCUUUAGAAUAUUUAUAUUAUAGCUAAACUCAUGCAUGGUUUAAAAAAGUAUUACUAUAUGCUAUCAGGCCAGAGAACAGUCUGUAUAUAAGAACAUAUUAUUUGCAUAGCUGCAUCCUCUGUUUAAAACUGUGAAUUGUACUCGUGAAUGCAAUCUUUUGACUCUGCCAAUGCAGAACCUUUCUACUCUCUAUUUUUUUCUACAAAAAAGAUGACAAAAGACGAAAAGCUUUGCUUCUCUGAUGUUAUGACUGUUUUUGCUUGUUUCCGGGUCUUUGCUGGUCAUUACCUCUGAGCUAUGGGCUACAUUCAGGUUGUUAGUUUCUGUUUGCUAAUGUACGUGUCCCUUAGACAGACUCCACCAGCCUAAAGCCAACGUUUUAUUCCCUUUCUCAAUUCUGGACGUCAGUGGCUCAGGAUUCUAGAAUUGGAUAAAGUACAAUGGGAGAGAAUUUGAGGUUAAAAUCCCCAAAAAAAAAAAAAAAAAAAAAUCAAUUGGUUCAUUCCAGGCUGUGGAGUGCAAAACGUACCCCUGCUAAAUGUUGUGUGUGUGUGUGUGUGUGUGUGUUCCCAUUUUGUUCACAUUAAAACAUCAUCAAGACACAUUGGUUUUAAUGCAGCCCUGCAUAUGUGCUCUGCUCAGUGUUACAGUUAUGUUUGAUUGUCACUUUUUAGAAUCUCGUGGGAUGUAUUUUAAUUGAAUAGAAUGUACUCAUUCAAUGGCUUGUUAAUUGUAAAUUUCAUUGGAACAAAUGACACACACUACCCACACACAGACUUUUAUGUCCGUGGUCGAUGCUUUCUUACCAAAGCGAGUCUCAAAUUCACAUCUGCCUGUUACAGUUACUGUUUUAAUUAUUCUUUUUAUGUAGAAUGUUGGUUACACUUUAUUGUGCUUCAUCUCAUGGUGUGUGUGUGUGUGUGUGUACGCGAGUGUGUGAAUGUUAUCCAGGCCAUCGGGGUUUCACUGUGGUUUUAAGGGCAUGUCCCCCCUUCUCUCCCCCACACGGCUAUGCUGUAUAAGGUGUAAGUUGCACUGCAACAUUGAGACGGAACAUAUUGCUCUUUUUUCAAG